AAGUUCAAACUUCCAAAAAGUGAAUGAUUUCAUUAUGAUCAUAUUAGAUUUUCACUCAAUAUUUUUCUAAUUUUUUCCUGGUCGACAUUUAUAAAGAAUGUCUACUACAUCGGGUGUAUGUAUUCUCAAACCUGAGUUUGUGCAGCUUGACGUACAUCGAGAAUUAAAUCUUGACCACGUCUCGGACAAAGACAAGCGCAAAUUAGAAUCCGAGGGAAUAGCUGACAAUCUAGAACCUCAUGUUAAGAAACAGAAACUCUCCAAAAAAGAAAAGAAAGCCCUUAGGGGCCAGAACAAGUCCAGAGGCCCUACUUUUCGGAGAGACUUUUCAAAAGAAUUAUGCAUUUGCUUAAUCAACAUUGAGCCAGAUGAAGAAAUACCUAAGUGCACUAGAAACAAAUGUAGUUUUUUACAUGAUGUUGAUGAAUAUUUGAAAAGUAAACCUAAAGAUCUUGGUGAAAAUUGCUACAACUUUGAUAUAUCAGGCAAAUGCAGUAGAGGUUUGGCAUGCAGAUUUGGGGGCAGCCACAUUAGUCCAGAUGGUAAGAACAUUGUUGACCAAGAAAAAUUCAAGCAGUAUGCAGUGAAUGCACCCUACACUACCAAUCAACUUCAAUUUGAAGUGCAGACAGCAUUGAGAAAGAGAACCUAUAACUUUGAUCUCUCAGAAUCACUGAUUAAAUACAAUGAUUGCAUCAGAAAGAAAGAGGAAGUUAGUAAAGAUGUAAAACUUGUUGGAUCAGUAACUGAUGAAGACAUCAUAAAGCUGAAAGCAAAAGAAAAGAAAAAAAUUGAUUUCACAAACAAAUUAUUUUUGAGUCCUCUCACCACAGUUGGAAAUUUACCAUUCAGAAGAAUAUGCAAGGAAUAUGGAGCUGACAUAACUUGUGGAGAGAUGGCAAUGUGUACCACCUUGCUUCAGGGUGCCUCACAUGAAUGGGCUCUUGUUAAAAGGCACAAGAGUGAGGAUAUUUUUGGAGUGCAACUCUGUGCCAAUAAUCCUCAUUUCCUCACCAAAUGUGGGGAAAUGUUGCAAAAAGAAGCUGAUAUUGAUUUCAUUGACUUGAAUGUGGGUUGUCCCAUUGAGUUGGUCUAUACCAAUGGAGGGGGAUGUGGAAUGAUGAGGAGGACUAGGGUGUUUGAAUCCUGUAUAAAAAAUUUGACAGAUAUCCUGAGUAUACCAUUAACUGUGAAAAUGAGGAUGGGGGUGUAUAGUAAUGAUAAUAUAGCUCAUAAACUGGCUCCAAUGGUGAGGGAUUGUGGAGCUAGCCUGCUCACAAUUCAUGGAAGAUCCAGAGAGCAGCGCUACACUAAAUCCUCAAACUGGGAUUACAUAAGAACUGUAGCUGUGGCUGCUUCACCUCUACCAGUCAUAGGAAAUGGAGAUAUCCUCAGCUUUGAAGACUACCAAAAAGCUAGAGAGGUAGCUCCUGAGAUAUCAGGUGUCAUGAUAGGCAGGGGAGCUCUUAUAAAGCCUUGGAUCUUUACUGAGAUCAAAGAAGGGAAGCUCUUGGAUAUAUCAAGUUCAGAGAGAUUUGAUAUACUCAAAAAGUACACAAAUUAUGGUUUGGAACACUGGGGCUCAGACAACAUAGGCAUUGAAAAUACUAGACGAUUCCUGCUAGAAUGGUUAUCAUUCCUUUAUAGGUACAUUCCAGUUGGGAUAUUGGAGAAGCCACCACAGAAAAUCAAUGAAAGACCCCCGUCCUAUAAGGGGAGGGAUGAAUUAGAAACUCUGAUGGCUUCUCCAGCAGCUUCAGAUUGGAUAAAGAUAAGUGAAAUGCUUUUGGGCCCAGUGCCUGAAAAUUUUCAUUUCUUACCAAAACAUAAAGCCAAUUCUUAUAAUUGAAUAUCUUUAGUCAUAGAAAAUAAAAAUCAUAAAUAUUU